AUGAUCCUCGACGGGAUCGGUCUACCUGGCCAGGUCAAUCUGAAGCAAGCCUCCGCAGUUGUGGUGGGCGCUGGAGGUCUUGGGUGUCCUGCCAUCCAAUACCUUGGCGCUGCAGGAAUAGGUCGGAUAGGAAUCGUGGACCACGAUCGCGUCGAGCUGUCUAAUCUCCAGCGCCAAAUCCUACACACCGAAGAAGCAAUCGGGAUGUACAAAGCCGAGUCUGCCUCUCUUGCCUUGAAGCGAAUCAACGCGCAGAUCCAGGUCGACGUGAUGACAAUCGCCCUCGUUCCAGAGAAUGCGCUCGAUAUCUUAAGGCCUUACGACAUUAUUUUGGACUGCACGGACAACAUACCGACGCGCUACCUUCUGUCUGACGCUGCUGUAUCGCUGGGGAAGCCACUAGUCAGUGGGGCAGCGCAGAAGUUUGAAGGGCAACUGUCUGUUUUCAAUCUUGGACCAACAGGUCCAUGUUAUCGAUGUCUGUAUCCUACACCACCUCCGAAGGAGACAGUGGGCUCGUGCGCUGAGCUGGGUAUCCUUGGAGUCGUAACGGGAAUCAUUGGCAACAUGCAAGCUCUGGAGACAAUUAAAAUCAUUCUUGGUCUCAAUGAUCAAAACCCUUCCUUAUUGUUAUUUUCUGCCCUUGGAUCGCCGCCAUUUCGCAGCAUCAAGCUACGCUCGAAGAAAACGACGUGUACUGCCUGCAGUAACCCCAGCGAGAGCCUGGCAAACGUUCCAAGUACAGAUUAUGUCCAGUUUUGUGGAGGCGCCUCUCCGGACUGGGUCGAACGAGGACUGGCUAACGGAGAGGCCGGUCACCGAGCAAAGCCAGAGGAGUUAGAAGCGGCAAUCGUGACUGGCACCCCGCGAAUAUUGGACGUUCGACCCGCAACCGAAUUCGGGAUAUGCCAACUUCCCAAUUCUCUAAAUGUUCCCUUAAAAGACCUCUUGGCUACGCCAGAGAGUUACGUUUCACCAGAACGUGAUACGUACAUCGUCUGCCGAUUAGGAAACGACUCUCAGAUCGCUGCUGAGAAGAUCAGGGAGCUUGGACGUGGCGGAAUUGUGAAAGACGUUAUUGGAGGACUCAAGGCGUGGUCAAGGGAUAUUGAUCCUGAGUUUCCCGUGUAUUGA